GUAGAUCUAAGGCAGGCAUGAGCCUCGUUAUUUGGCUUUGUCCGUUUUGACGUUUCUCGAGAGAAAAUGGCUGUGUUAGCAGCUGCCCAACUGCUCGAUGAGCUAAUGGGGCGCAAUAGGAACGUUGCCCCCAAUGAACAAAUGCACGAGCUCAACUGGGAGGAUCCGGAAUACUGUAAAUACUUCAUGGUGAAAUUCUGUCCGCACGAUCUGUUCGUUAAUACUAGAGCUGAUCUGGGAGCUUGCAGCAAAGUGCAUGAUGAGGAGGUUCGUAAGUUGUUCCAGCAGGCAUCGAGCAGGAAUCAUCGAAAGCUGCAAUAUCAGGAGGAUUUCUUACGGUUCUGUAUUUCUAUGAUGAAUGAUGUUGAAAGAAAAAUUGUCAAAGGUAAACAACGGUUGGCAUUGAGUGGAAAGUCAGAUAUACCAUCGAUCUCGCCAGCACAAAGCCAAAAGAACGAAGAACAGAUCAAAAUAUUGAACGACCGUAUCAAUGGUCUUGAAAUGGAGGCAGAACAGGCGGGAACGGACGGCAAUGUUGAACAAGCACAAGGCCUGAUGAAACUUUGUGACCAAUUGAAAGAUGAACGCGACAACCUCAAGCGACAGAUUGAGAAUGGACAGUGGAACGCGACUGCCGAGCUUGCCGCUGCGCAGGAAAAACAGAUGGAGGUGUGCGAGGUGUGUGGGGCGUUUCUCAUAGUAGGUGAUGCGCAGCAGCGCAUUGAUGACCAUCUAAUGGGGAAGCAGCACAUGGGUUUCGCUCGAUUGAAGACUGCCGUUGACGAGGUAACGGCCGUGGUCAAGCAAGCGAAAGAAGACAAAGGAGGCGGCAGGACUGGCGGUCUCGGUUCGGACGAGGCACGGAUGCGCGACAGAGAACGAGAAAAGGAGAGGGAAAGAGAUAGGGAGCGAAGGCGAGAUCGUGGACGAUCAGAGCGGAAAUCAAAAGAGCGUGAACGGGAGAAGGAGCGUGAGCGCGACAGGAGAGAAAAAGAAAGGUACGAACGAAGGGAAAGGGACUCGCACAGGGAUCGAUCAAGGGAAAGGAGAGACAGGGAAAGAGACAGGGAGUGCCACAGGGAUCGCAGACAUCGCUCUGAUCGCGAAUCCAGCAGAAGACACCACCAUCAUCGUUAAUUGUAAUAAAAAUAGCGCCGGUCCCGCAUUUUUGACCAGUAAGCUCUCACCCCCCGCAGGUAGGUGGCUCUCUGGUUUGGCCAGUUUCGGUUUUUUUUUCUAAAUCGUUUCAGGUUCACUGCAGGUUAGUGACAUAAACAAACCUAUUUUCAUAUAAGUAAUGACAGGGUACACUGUACAGUUUUUUUAUUUAACAUUUUGCCGACUCGACUUGCUUUUAAAGUAACACACACUGCCUCCAAAGAAAAUCAUUUGCGCUAUCGCACAUAAAUGAUUUACUUUUUAGAUUAGACACAUUUAACUGAUUGUGAAAGAAAAAAUUUAAUGAAAAUUACAAAAAUAGUGGUAUAUACUAACAGAUACACUAGAGUUUUAAAAUAAAAAAAAUCGUGGUAUAUUUAAUAGUUUUAGUUGCCGCGAUUUUAACAUACAUAGUUACACAUUUUGGGUAUUUGGUCAGCUUUUUCACAAAAACAAGAUUCUCUUGGGGAUUGUUUUGAAGAUGUCGAUACACUACACUUUUAAAAUACAAGAAAUCGUGGCAGAUUUAUUUGCCGCAAUUUCAAAAGUGAACACACACAGUUACACAUUUUGGGUAGUUGGACAGCUUUUUCACGAAAACAAGAUUCUCAGGGGGAUUGUUUUGAAGAUGUCGAUGAUAUUCCCAUAUUUUGUUAACUUUUCAGCCUGUGAUCUGUGCUCGCUCACACACAAACACAAGUGGCAGUCGCCAGUUUGCCAAUAUUUAUGUUUACUUGCCCAACAAAUAUGUGCACGAGGUAUUUAUGACAAAAAUCUCUCUGUCUUAUCUCAGGAAUCCAAUUGAAAUUGUGUAUAUGUUUAAUUUUGUUGCGUGGCCGGCGAUUUACUUUAUUUUUUGUUUUGUUAUCGUGAUCAAGCAAAGUGAAACGUGUUUCAAGCACAAUUUAGUUGUGGUGUUUUGGCUUUUUUUCCUGUGCGCCGGCCACUUUGCAUUUAUAGUUAAUUUGUACGAAAUGCGAAACAUUAACAGAGCGAAAAACAGGUAUGACCCACUGAAAUCGCCGUGUCACAUUUUAUCUGCAUUUGAAUUGAGGUAUUUAUUCCUUGCAAACUUUCUGAAGGAGCCUUUUGAAAAAAUACUUUAUCGAAUUAACUAGUAAAACAGUUUCAAAAUGAUAAGUUUUCGAAAGACUCGCUUCUAAUAAACCUUUCAUCUAAUAAUAAUAAAUCCAUGAGAACCGCGUGUAGACCGUGAGUGACUGACACCAACGUCUGGAUCUUUGCAGUUGGCCAACCGUUAUUGAACAGCACACACUCACAGGUGAGAGAACAAAGUCGUGAAAAAAUUUACGAAAGUGGGACGGCGGCGCUGUCCGAAGCCCUCGGAUCCAGGAUGACACUAAUUCGCGCACUCCGGUUACAGUUUAAGAAGCAAAAAGGUGACUAGUUGAAUUUUUCGUUUCCAUGUCCUAACAAUUGUCAAAAUUAAGGUUCUAGGCUUGGACUUUAAGAAUUGCUUGGAGGGGAAACCUAAAAUUUGACUUUUAUUAUUAUUGAUUUGUAUAGUAUAUAGCGUAUAAAGUUAGGUGUACGUAAUUUUUUAGUUGUUCACUAAAAUUUGUAUGAAAAUAAAUUAUUCAUAGUA